GGCCAUGGUGCCCGGACGUGGUCGUAAGUUGGACUGCCCGAGUCUACAAAUCUAAACUAGUCAGACGUGAUGCGCAUAAUGAUUCGCAGCUAGAACGGCUCUCAGGUACCAUAUUUUUAUUUUUAUUUCCAUUUCUAACAUUCAGCGAGAGCCUUCCAUCUUGACAUAAUGUAGGAUCAAUGAGGUCGGCUCCGGCCCUAGGUCCGAUGAUUCCAACGCAUAGGCUGUUGACCUUCCAGAGCCGUUGCCAGCAAGCCUAGAUACAUAGGCAGAAGACGAGGCGGGGUUCCAUGGCCGUCGCCGCAUAACAGCAGUGACGCUUCAUAUGUCCUUGGCACGUUCGCCCAGGCAUAUAUAACGUGCCUGCGAUGGCCGUAUACCUCCAGCGUACUUCGCCUAGCGUUCGCAACCCACCAGCUCAUCUACCAUGUACGCCAUCCGAGCCAUCGUCGCCGCAGCGCUGCUGCUUCCGAGUGCCUUCGCCGCAGCCGUGCCCUCUGUCGAGUACUGCCAGAACCCUCGCGUUGUCAGUACCGAGUACAUUGGACGUGACAAGAACGUGCUCGUACAGCACACUGCUUGCGACACUGUUGCUGCGCCCCAAGUCGCCCAUGCCAUCGAGGCGAGGCAGAGCAACAACGUCUGUGGCACGCCCUUCAACACCUUUUGCUUCACUCCCUCCGGCGGAGGACCCGACCCUAACGACUGCCACGUCAUCACCGAUGCCUUGCUCUACGACAGCCAGAACGUUGGUGCUUUGUUCACGCUCGAUCCCGCGCAGAACACCUCCGUCAUCACAAUGACCUACCAGAGCUGCGAGAGCUUCAUGGUCAACCAGGACAGUGUCGCUCUGACAUACUGCCGAACUGACUGGGCUUCGAUCCUCGACAACCUCGCAUUUAAUUGUCAGGCUACGCAGAACGCGCACGGAGGACUCUCUGUCGCGACUAACCAGGAGUGGUUCAUCCAGGUCCAGCAUUCUUGA